AUGACAUUUGGAUUCAGUUUAAACGAUAUUUUUGUUCCUUCUUACAGAGGUAAAUUAACAGAAGGUAUAACCUACGAUGCCAGAAACAACACUUUACUCUGGAUUGAUAUCAUCGUAGGAGAAAUCCACAGAGUCUCAUUAGAUGAUACUUCCAAACAUGAAAUCUUGAAAUGGCAAGCCAAAAUCGAAUCUGUUGGUGCUAUUGCUUUAACUAAGGAAAUAGACGCUAUUGUCAUUUGUGGUAAAUAUGGUCUUGCCAAGGGUGAUUUCACCAAUGGAAACAUUGAAUAUUUCUUCAAAUAUCCUCAUGACGCUAAACAACAACUCAGAUUAAGAUCUAAUGAUGGCAUGGUUGAUCCAUGGGGACAUCUUUGGAUCGGAGUGAUGAAUGAUUUCCCAGUGGCCACAGUUGAAGGAAUCAAACCUGAAGGAAAGCUUUACAGAAUCAAUACCGACGAUUUCACAAUUGAAACUAUGAUAGAUAAUACUUUAAUUGCUAAUGGAUUGGCAUUUAGUGAAGAUGGUAAGGAAUUGUUCUGGACUGAUAGUUUAACUUUCACUAUUUGGAAGUUCGAUUACGAUUACAAGACAAACACAUUAAGUAAUAAAAGACCAUUUAUUGAAACUAAAAAGAUCUACCCAGAAUUCGAAUCUCCGGAACCAGAUGGAUUAGUUAUGACUAAAGAUGGAGAUAUAUAUUCUACAAUUUUCAGUACAUCUACAGUUUUGCAUGUUAAUGCUCAAGGUGAAGUAGUUGAAAAGAUCCAAUUACCAGCCAAAAGAAUUACAUGUGCUACUAUUGGUGGUCCAAAUGGAGAUGAAUUAUUUGUUACUACUGGUCACUUAGAUUUAACUGAAGAUGACUGUGUUCCUGAUCCUAAUGAUAAAGAUGGAGAUUUAGGUGGUUUCUUAUUCAGAUUGAAAUUGGAUCGUAAUUUGAAUGGACAGCCAAAGAAUAUUUGGAAGGCGGGGCUUCCAGAGGAAUUAGUUAAUUAA